AGUCGAAGGACUGCUGUAUGCAAAAUCUCGUAAUCAGCUGUCAAAAAGUUUGUGAUGACAAAAUGUUCUUUUCCUAUUUACUUACACCCUACCGAGAAAAUAGUAUCGCGCACAGAGUAGAUUUAGUAUUUCGCUGAUAUAGUACGUGAUUACUUGAAAAAAUAAUAUAAAAUAAAAGCAUACGCAAUACAACAAACGAUGAAUAUAUAUCUCAAGAGAUGCAUACCGUGCAACAAUUACGGCAGCAUCAUCUUUCGGAUGAUAAGUUCUUCUGAAGUUGCCACCGCACUGCGACCAUUCUAUUUUGCGGUUCAUCCAGAUCUUUUCGGACGUUAUCCUCAACAGCGACAAGUGAACGAGGAUUCGCUUAAGCUGCUUAGUGCACACCUAGAAUCACUACUUAGCCAGAGGCGUAUACUCCCUUCGACACCCAAAAUGUUACCCUUCUAUGUGCGUACAUCAAAUUCUCCCGAACAACGGGGGACCUUCAAUCUAGUCAAAGUACCACUAGAAAGAACUGUCGAUCCAAAAAUAUUUUUACGAAAAAUUUUGGAAUCUUGCAAUUUAUCAACGGAGUAUCUUGACAAAAUUCCCUCUGGCACGAGCAGUGGUGACAAAAGUCAACGAUCAAGGUCAAGCUCGGACACAGGCAGUUACAACGAAUCUUUUACUUACCGCAAACGAACGGAAGAUGGUUCCGACAAUCAAGAAGAAUCUCCUUUCGAAAGCGAAUUCGAUGUGUUUCAAUUUCGUAUUAAGAAGGCUAGAGAAAACGAAUCACUAAAACUCUGGUUGCAAAAGCACAUGGUCACGGCAAACGUCCGAACACGUGCUCUCCAAGAACUCAAAGAUGAAGUUGAAAAGCUGAGGGAAUCUGUUGUUAAACUCUUGCAAGUUCAGGACAUUGUGUACGAUUGUGGUUGGAACGUUGAACAUUUUAGGGGUUGCCUGAAAAGUUUAGAACGGCUAGCAACUUUGCACCCUGGGGCGAUGCAGGUAGUAAAAGGUAGAGUCGUUGUUUUCGCACAAUUCACUGGAGUUAGCUUGGAAGGACACGUAAUGCUUUUUACGGGGGACGUCCAAAGAAACUGGUUGGAUCUCAUACAGAAUAUUGAAAAGCAUGAUGCCUAUCUGCGAAAACUUCCCGCCUAUGAAUAUGCUCUAUCACAGGUUUUACGAAAUAUUCGAAUAGGACGCCGCAAAUUUAUGCCCAAGGCACAAGCAAUGGCGUAUGCUUCACAUCUGCGCAAGAUUACCACUAGUUUGUUAGAUUAUUUGGGUAAAUACAAGUAUCCGAAGAACUGGCCAACAGAUCUGUCGAAGUUCGAAAUAGUCGUCGAAUCUGAGGCAGGUCCUUUAAUGGUUAGUCCAACCGGACAACUGAUCGUACCGGCAACUUGCCCCGGAACACUACUAGUCGAUUUUUUAACAAACCAUCUAGAAGAAUCUCUUCAGAAGCAGCAAUCUUACGACCGGCAAAAGCAUGUUGAACGCGAUCUGCACACGCGAUGCAUCAAACAGUUUCAGUUGGUCUCACUGGAUAAGGACGACUCCGUUACACCUGAUCGGAUGAUUGAAUGCCUGGAGAAAAUGAUUGCUACCGAUGGAUUAGAAUUGAAUGAUAUCCAUCUCAACAUUACCACUUACUAUUCGGUACUGACAGAUGGAACAGUUUGCAUACCAUGGAACUGGAAGUAGAUAGUUUUAGAAGAGCAGUUUGGGUAGACUAAAGUCAAAUUCGGACAUGACAUCACGCUUAUGUUUGAUCACGUACUUUCAGAUAGAUGACUAUAUCUAGAUUAUCCGGGCUAUAAAUAGUCCGAGACAAUAACUAGUUGUUAAAGAAGUUAAAUUUUAUAUAUUGUUAUCGCUUUUAUCGCGAAAGCCAUAAAGUAAAGGAAGUAUGUAUUGAUAGGUAUUUUUAUUUUACCACCAAACACCAGCAUUUAAAGGGUGAUCGACUUGGUCGAAUGAAUCGGACUCGACUUAAAAUAAAGCAACAAGGAAUAUUCUAGUCUGUCGCUAAUAGAAGAUUGUAAGGAAUCUGCUGUUUUAGAAAAUUCAAAUUGGUAUCCAGGG